GCAGCAGGGCCAGCUCCUCCUGUCAUAGCCCAGCUGGGAACCGACGGCGCCGCAGCAGCAGCAGCGCUUGAGCUGGUGCAAGCGCGCGUAGGGAGGCGACCCCCAAGCCCUAGGAUCUCCCCCAGCGCCGCCACCCAUCCCGGGUUCCCCCUUGGCCGCGCCGCCAGAAGGAGGCGGGAAGCUCCCGGGCGCCGCAGGAGAAGCGGCCGCAGCGUCGGCUGAAAGGGAGAGCGAGCGAGCGAGUGAGCCAUGGCUGGGGCGGCGGGAUGCGCCGUCGCUGCGCGCUGCUUGCUGGCGCCGUUGCUCUUGCUGGCUUAUUGCCUGGGGCCCGGAGGCGCAGCCAACACCCAGGGGAUGGGGGCAGCCCUUGGCCCAGCACUCGGGACUCCCCAAGUGGCCAUGUUCUGUGGGAAGCUGGUCCUGCAUCUCAAUGUACAGACAGGGCGCUGGGAGCCUGACGCCUUCGGCACCAACACCUGCUUCCACACCAGUGAGGAGAUCCGGAGCUACUGCCAGGAGGUGUAUCCCGAGCUGCAGAUCACCAACGCCGUGGAGGGCACCCAGCCCGUCACGAUCGACAACUGGUGCAAGAAGGGGAGGCCCAAAUGCAAAGGCCACCAGCACAUCGUGGUGCCCUAUCAGUGUCUGGUGGGUGAAUUUGUGAGCGAAGCUCUCCUCGUGCCCGACAAGUGCAAAUUCCUGCACCAAGAAAAAAUGGAUUCGUGCGAGACCUACUUAUAUUGGCACAGCGUGGCCAAAGAGGCCUGCAGCGGUGAGGAGUUGGAGCUUCACAGCUAUGGCAUGCUGUUGCCCUGUGGGGCAGACCGCUUCCGUGGGGUCGAAUAUGUGUGCUGCCCUGCACGCCCCACAGCUCUCAGGCUGGAACAAGCCACUGAGGCACCCCAGAUCCUUGCCCAUCUGAGAGAGGAGGCCCUGCACAGCAACAAGGUUCCCACAGGACGCAUCCCAACAGAGGAAGAGAGCCUGGAAAUGGAGGAGGAAGGGGACCUGGAUGAAGAUGAAGAGGUGGAGGAGGACGAGGACGAUGAGGAGGAGAGCCCUGGAGAUAGUGCCCCUGACCCCGACCCUUUCCCUGCUGCCUGGGAUGACUAUUUUGUGGAGCCGGGUUACUAUGACGACAGCAUCACCCAGACUACCAUCACGACCACCACACAGACCACCGAAGAGGAUAUCAAAGUGGCCCCCACCCCUCGCCCCACCGACGGAGUGGACGUUUAUUUCGAAAUGCCCGGAGAUGGGAACGAACACGCCAACUUCCUGCGUGCCAAGAUGGACUUGGAGGAACGGCGCAUGAGACAGAUCAAUGAGGUGAUGAAGGAGUGGGCCGAGGCAGACAACCAAGCAAAAAACCUGCCCAAGACGGAUCGUCAGGCACUCAAUGAGCAUUUCCAGUCCAUCCUUCAGACGCUGGAGGAGCAGGUGUCUCGAGAGCGACAGCGGCUGGUCGAAACUCAUUUGGCCCGUGUGGUGGCCCUGCUCAACGAUAAUCGCCGGGCGGCACUAGAGAGCUACCUGACUGCUGUGCAGACUGAUAAUCCCCAGCCGGACCGCGUCCUGUUAGCCCUGAAGAGAUACGUGCGUGCAGAACAGAAGGACCAGCGCCACACCCUCCGACAUUACCAGCACGUGGCAGCUGCUGAUCCGGAGAAGGCUGAGCAAAUGAAGUUCCAGGUCUAUACCCACCUGCAUGUCAUUGAAGAACGGAUGAACCAGAGUCUGGCGCUGCUCUACAAGAACCCUCAGCUUGCCCAAGAGCUUCGAGGAGACAUUGAGGAGCUGCUGCGCUCAGAACGGGUGACCACCAACGACCUGCUCACCACCUCCAUCUCAGAGACACGCACCACUGAGGAAUUCCUGCCCAUGGACAGUAGCGAGGACUUGGUUUCUGAGAGCCAUUCGUACCCACGUGAUGGAGAAGAUUCUGAACAAGCGGACAAGAAAGCUUCAGGGCUGGCAGAAUAUGACUAUCCAACCAGUGACAAGGCCUUGCUGUAUGAAUAUGAACGUAAGGUCAAUGUGUCCGCCUCAGAUGUCAAAGGCAUGGUGUACAAGUCCCAAGAGAUCCAACGUGACGAGCUGGUAAGUGGCUUUGGAGCCAGCCAGAAACAACUGCACCUCGCCAUCCCACCUGGUCAGGAGCCGGACACCUUGGUAACCAUCAACAGGGGUGCCCUGAUUGGCCUCCUUGUGGUGGCAGUUGCUGUUGCCAUGGUGAUCAUCAUCAGCCUCCUGAUGGUUCGCCGGAAGCCCUACGGGACCAUCAGCCAUGGCAUUGUUGAGGUGGAUCCCAUGGUUAGCCCUGAGGAGCGGCAGCUGAACAAGAUGCAAAACCACGGCUACGAGAACCCCACCUACAAAUUCUUCGAAGAGAUGAACUGAGCUCCUCAGUGCUGGGGAGGGGGGAGGCGGGGGACGUGGUGUCACUGGGGGAGGUGGGCG